AGCAGGCAUAAGUUGAAUUUCAGAGAAUGCAAUAAAUACAAGUUUCAAUAAUGCCAAUUAUUGUAAUAUCUGGCCUACCCGCAAGCGGCAAGUCGUCAAGAGCCCGCGAACUACAAAAUUACUUUCUAAGCAGGAACAAAAAGGUCCAUCUGAUUAGUGAGAAUGUGGCAGUGCCUAAAGCGCUCUUCGAGAAGAACGCAUAUUUUGCCGAUUCGCAAAAGGAGAAGAUCGUGCGCAGUGACCUUAAAUCGGAAGCGUCCCGGCAGCUGAACAAGGAGGACCUUAUCAUACUCGAUGCUUGCAACUAUAUUAAGGGCUAUCGUUAUGAGAUAUUCUGCAUGACCAAGGCUGCUAGGACGACACAGUGCACCCUGUUCACGUGUAUACCGAAGGAGCAGGCUUGGAGCUUCAAUAUACAGCGCACGGAUCCGGAUGUGCUGACUGAUUCAGCCAACGAGCCUCUGUUGAACAACUCGAAUAUUCCGUAUACCCGCGAGAUUUUCGAUGCGCUCUGCAUGCGCUACGAGGAACCGCAUGGCAACAACCGGUGGGACAGUCACUUGUUUGUGGUCUUACCAGAGGAUAUACUCAACUUUGAGAGCAUCUACAAGUCGCUCUAUGAGACACGCCCCUUGCCGCCAAAUCAAAGCACACAAAACGCGCCUUUGGGCGCAACGAACUACCUGUUCGAGGUGGAUACUAUAUUGCAGCACAUUAUUCAGGAGAUACUGGGUGCUGCCAAAGUUGGCGCAUUUGGCCAACUGUGCAUCCAGGGCAGCACAACCAAGGUUAAGGUAUCAACGACUAUGAAUGCGAUGCGGUUGAAUCGAUUGCGGCAGCAGUUUAUUUCAAGUAGAUGCAGGGGCAACCAGACGACACCGGCACCAUUGGAUCAGGUGCCGCAACUUUUUGUGCAGUUCAUCAAUGCCAAUACAACUGGUUGUUAAAUUAUAAAUAAAUUAUUUUAAUAGUUUUUUUUUU